GGUCACAGCAGUGAAAAAGUAAUACAGCCCACAAAAUCAAGACUUUGUUAACAAGCACCGAUUAAUGAGUAUGGCCACUUCUUUUUCAUAUAAGGCACAAGUUUUAUGUUGAAUAUCCAUGCAAAUCUCAUGAUAUCCAUUACCCAUGCCUACACCCAUGCCAUGCAUAAUGGGCUUGCUGAUGUUUUUAUAAUUUUGUUUUCUGUUAGCUUUGAACCAAAGAAGAAAAAUGCCAUUUAUCUGAGAGUUAUAAUUUGGAUUUAAGAAUUUACAGUUUAGUCUUUUUAUGGCUUUUGUUUUCUUUUUAGAAAAAGAAUUAAGAUCUAUUUAGGGGCUGUUUUUCUUGGUUAUAUUGUUCUUAUUAACAGCAAAGAAGUGCCUUCGCUUCUAUCCAUUGAGAUCCCGUUUUGGGUGCUGCUGCUUCCUUUGUGUUGUGUGUAAUCCAAUAUAAGCCAAACAAGCCAGGCAGGCCAUUGUUGUUUAUGUGUAUACUGCAGGAGCAUAUACACAGGAGUGAUAGCAGCAGCAACAGCAGCAGCAGAAACAUAAAGGCUUCUUCCUUCUUCAUUAUUCUCUUAUCUUAAUUUGUAACUGACAGUUAGUUCAGUGGAGAUAUAUACGCAUUGUGUAUAUGCCUACUUCUAGUUUGCUUGGCUGAGAACUUGCGAUCUCUGGUUCUGUGUUUCUUGUAUUGGCUGUCUUCGCCAAUUCAGUUAUGCAUCAGAAGGUUUGGAAGCAGUGGGGAGAUAUAAAAAUUCCGGUUCGCUUGCAUUGGUUUGUGCAUAUACCAGUCUGGUUUCAAGCUUGAAAAGAGCAGUAUGAAAAAUCCUGGUUCCCAGACCCUUUUCUACUGCUGCAAUACAAGGCCCAGUAAAUCAGGGAAAGCGAAGAAACAGAAAGAUGAUGAUGCUCUUCAAUUUUCCAAGGAUUUCAGGACUCUGAAUUGCAUUAAGAAAGUUAGAAUCAUCUGCACUGAUCUUGAUGCUACAGAUGUAUCCAGUGAUGAAGAGACGAGCACAGAAACAGAUACCCACAAGAGAUUAGUUUAUGAAGUUGAGCUUCCCUCUGGCUCAGCUAUAUUCUCUCAAAAGAAUGGUGAAGAUGAAGAUGGAGAUGAUGGCAUUGGCGAGUCGAAUUGUAAAGAGCCUGUAGUGAAUUUUGAUGUAUAUCCCUACAAGACCAAAUCUACAAACUCUAUAUUUGAAACACAAGAGUUUGCUCACAAAUUCAAGCCCAAGAAGAGAAGCAAAUGCUUACCUUAUAGAAGAGCUCCCAAGAAGAAGGAAAGGUUAACAAGGUUCACAAGGUCUAAGAAAUCUGUUUUGAGGUCCUUCACCUGUAAUAACUCUGGGAAAAGCUGCAAGUACAGGGGAGUAAGGCAGAGAAGAUGGGGUAAAUGGGCUGCAGAGAUAAGAGAUCCUUCAAAAGGAGUGAGGCUAUGGCUUGGAACUUUUGAUACUGCAGAAGAAGCUGCACAAGCUUAUGAUAAAGCGGCCAGAAAGAUUAAAGGUCCAUUAGCACCAACUAAUUUUUCUGGUAAAAGCUAUAAAAUUGAAGGUGUUGAAAACUCAGUUUUGCCUAUUGUGCCAAUGAAGAAAGAGAUCUGUACCAUAAUAGAGGAGGAGUCAUGUGCGUUGGAAACCAGAUGUGAGUCCACAGAUGCAAAGGAGUUUGAAAAAAGUUACAGUUUGAGUGUAGACAGGAACACAGAAGAAACUGACGUUCAUUCAUCAUCUUCAGAGUUCAUUUCUUGCAGUUCUCUUGAAUAUUUGGAUAAAUGUGGGAUGGCAUCACCUUCUUCUGUGCUGGAAGUGUCAACAUGUAAUUUGCUGGACGGUCCAGAAUUUGAUAAAGAAUUUGAAUGCAUUUUUCCAUCCUCUGGAUUGUGGAAAUUUGUUGCAGCUGAUAAUGCCCAAGUGACUAAUUUCAGUGGCAGGUGUGAGAGUAACGAUUUUGUGAUUUCAAGACAAUCAGAUUUAACUGUGCCUUUUCUAGAAUUAGAAGUUAGCAACAUUUUGCCAAUUAAUCUUCCCACUGUUGAAUCAAUGGAUUCCCAGAACAUGCAGCAACAACUUAAUUCAGGAAAGCAAGAGAAUUUGCUUUCUUGUAGCAUGGAUUUUCUUGUGCAGUCUGUUUCUCCCAUCAAUGGAGAACAGUGUUGUGAUGAGGUCCAUUCAUCUGCAUUUGGAGAUCAUUAUUUCAUGAAGGAAUUUGGCCAGUUGUUUGAUAUGGGUGAAUGCAGCAGCUUUCCCGGUGCCAGUGGCUUGCUGAGUGCUGAAAAUGACAUUUCCAGCUUAAAUUUUGACCUUGAUCUUGAAGCUCUAGCAUGGAUAGAUCAAUGCGUAGAGUAGUUGAAAUUAAUUUAGAAGUAAUAGCUUAUAGACCAUGGUAUGAUCCUUGUUUUGGCAGUGUGAUUUUUUUUCUAGAUAUAUUGAGUUAGAAUGAAUGGGAUCAGAGUUUUGGUAGUCUUUGAGAAAGGUAUUUUUUAGUUGGUGAGAACGAUCCUUCCUUAUCAGUCAUAUGGAUUUUCUUAAUGCUUUCGAGCCUUCCAAGUGGCUGGUUUUUUUGUUCUUGUGCACCCUUCUGCACCUAUAUAGGAUAUCAAGUGUAAUUAAUUGAGUUUUGGAGGCCGAGGUCGUCUCCAUGAGACCUGCUUUGAAAUAGGUACAGGGAUUGGUUACUCCAUUCUUUGAAUCUUUAUUCAUGAUUUAAUAUAGUUACAAGAUUUGUAUGUGUGCCACAGAAAAGAUAACAAUAUAUGAGAGUUUGUGCAGUUGACUUA